GCGGAGGCGUGGGUUGCGCGGGAGUAUUGGAAGUUGGCGGCAGCGGUGAGGCGAAGUGUCCUGAUAUGUGUAACAAUGGACCAGAAAAUUCUGUCUUUAGCAGCAGAAAAAACAGCAGACAGACUGCGAGAAUUUCUUCAAACUCUGAAAGAAGAUGAUCUGGCCAGUCUCCUUCAGAAUGAGGCGGUGAAAGGCAGAGCUGUGGGAGCGCUCCUGAGGGCCCUCUUCAGAGGUUCCCCAUGCUCUGAGGAAGCUGGAGCUCAUAGGAGACUGAAGAUAUACAUUUGUUGUAUACAAUUGGUGGAAUCCGGAGAUUUGCAGAAAGAAGUAGCAUCUGAAAUCAUAGGACUGCUAAUGAUGGAGGCCCACACUUUUCCAGGACCAUCAUUGGUUGAAUUAGCCAAUGAGUUUGUUAGUGCAAUCAAAAAGGGCAGCUUAAUGAAUGGAAAAUCUUUGGAGUUACUACCCAUCGUUCUCACUGCCCUUGUUACCAAAAAGGAAAAUCUGGCUUCUGGAAAAGAUGAACAGAGUGGAGAAGAAUGUAAGACACAGUUGAUUAACACCCUCUGUUCUGGCAGAUGGGAUCGGCAAUAUGUGAUUCAGCUCACCUCCAUGUUCAAGGAUGUGCCUCUGACAGCAGAGGAGGCGGAAGUUGUGACAGAUAAAGUCUUGAAGAUGUUCUCCAAGUUGAAUCUUCAAGAAAUACCGCCUUUGGUCUAUCAGCUUUUGGUUCUCUCUUCAAAGGGAAGCAGAAAGAGGGUUUUGGAAGGAAUCAUCGCUUUCUUCAAUGAGCUAGAUAAGCAGCACAAAGAGGAGCAGAGUGGCGAUGAGCUCUUGGAUCUUGUCACCGUGCCAUCAGGUGAACUUCGUCACGUGGAAGGCACUGUUAUUCUACACAUCGUGUUUGCCAUCAAACUGGACUGUGAACUGGGCAGAGAACUCCUGAAACACUUAAAGGCAGGACAGCAAGGAGAUUUUAGUACUGUAUCCCCCUUCAGCAUUGCUCUCCUGCUCUCUGUGACAAGAAUACAAAGAUUUGAGGAACAGGUGUUUGACCUUUUAAAGGCUUUGGUUUUUAAAAGCUUUAAGAAUAUGCAGCUUCUCCAAGGCUCAAAAUUUCUUCAGAAUCUAGUCUCUGAUCGACCUUGUGUUUCAACCAUGAUCUUGGACGUGGUAAAAAACAGUGUUCAUAGUUGGGAUCAUGUGACUCAGGGCCUGGUUGAACUUGGCUUCAUUUUAAUGGAUUCCUAUGGGCCCAAGAAGAUUGUGGAUGGAAGAGCUAUCGAAACCAGCUCAGGUCUUUCCAGAACACCAAACCAGCAUGCAUGCCAGCUGGGAGCCAGUAUCCUGCUGGAAACUUUUAAGAUCCAUGAGAUGAUCAGACAAGAAAUUCUGGAGCAAGUCCUCAACAGGGUUGUUACCAGAGCGUCCUCUCCCAUCAGCCAUUUCUUAGAACUGCUUUCAGACAUCACCAUGCACUCACCCUUAGUUCUUCAAAGUUGCUCUUCUAAAGUCACCGAAAGCUUCGACUACUUAUCCUUCCUGCCCCCCCAGACUGUGCAGGGGCUGCUGAAGGCAGUGCAGCCCCUUCUCAAAGUGAGCAUGUCGAUGAGAGACUCCCUGAUACUUGUCCUUCGGAAAGCGAUGUUUGCCAGGCAGCUCGAUGCCCGAAAGUCUGCAGUGGCUGGGUUCCUGCUGCUCCUGCAGAACUUUAAAGUUUUGGGCAGCUUGUCAUCCUCCCAGUGCAGCCAGCCCGUCGGCCUCAGCCAGGUCCACGUGGACGUCCACAGCCGCUACAGUGCUGCUGCCAACGAGGCCUUCUGCCUUGAGAUCAUGGAUAGCCUGAGGAGGUGCCUCGGCCAGCAGGCAGACGUCCGGCUCCUGCUCUACGAGGGGUUCUACGAUGUCCUUCGAAGAAACUCUCAGCUGGCUAAUUCCAUCAUGCAGACUCUGCUGUCACAGCUGAAGCAGUUCUAUGAGCCACGGCCUGAUGUGCUGCCUCCUCUGAAAUUGGAAGCUUGUAUUUUGACCCAAGGAGAUCAGAUUUCUCUGCAGGAACCACUGGACCAUUUGCUGUGCUGUAUUCAGCACUGCUUGGCCUGGUACAAGAGUAGAGUGAUACCUCUGCAGCAGCAAGAGGAGGAGGAGGAGGAGGAGGAGGAGGAAGGAUUCUACCAAGAGUUAGAAGAUAUGUUGGAGUCUAUUACUACCAGAAUGAUUAAGAGCGAACUGGAGGACUUGGAACUGGAUAAAUCAGCAGAUUUUUCUCAGAGCACUGGUAUCGGCAUCAAGAAUAACAUCUGUGCUUCUCUUGUGAUGGGAAUUUGUGAGGUUCUAAUAGAAUAUAAUUUCUCCAUCAGUAAUUUCAGUAAGAACAAGUUUGAGGACGUCCUGAGCUUAUUUAUGUGUUACAAGAAACUCUCUGACAUCCUUAAUGAAAAAGCUGGUAAAGGCAAAACCAAAACGGCCAACAAAACCAACGAUAGUUUUUUGUCCCUGAAGUUUGUGUCGGAUCUUCUCACUGCUCUCUUUAGGGACAGUACCCAAAGCCAUGAAGAGAGCCUGUCUGUGUUGAGGUCCAACACCGAGUUCAUGCGCUAUGCGGUCAGUGUGGCUCUGCGGAAGGCGCAGCAGCUCAAGGAGACGGGGCGCGUGAGUGGCCCUGACGGCCAAAAUGCAGACAGGAUCUUUCAGAACCUCUGCGACAUGACUCGGGUCCUGGUCUGGAGGUACACUUCCAUUCCGACGUGCGUGGAAGAGGCCGGGCGGAAGGAGAAAGGGAAGAGCCUCUCGCUGCUGUGCCUGGAGGGCGUGCAGAGGAUCCUCGGCGCCGUGCAGCAGUUCUUCCAGCCCCGGGUGCCCCUCUUCCUGCGUGCGCUCGAUGUCCCGGAUAAUGAGGGAGAGGAGGCGGACGCCAGCGUCACCCAGAGGGCAGCAUUCCAGAUCCGGCAGUUUCAGAGGUCCUUGCUGAAUCUGCUCAACAGCCCGGAGGAAGACUUCAGCAGCAGAGAGGCCCUCCUCCUCGUGGGCAUCCUCUGCAGCCUGUCCAGGCUGCUGGAGCCCACCUCCCCCCAGUUUCUGCAGAUGUUAUCCUGGACAUCUAAGAUUUGCAAGGAAAACAGCCGGGAGGAUGCCUUGUUUUGUAAGGGCUUGAUGAAUCUGCUCUUCAGCCUCCAUAUUUCAUGCAAGAGCCCAGUCGCCCUGCUGCGUGACUUGUCCCAGGAUAUCCACGGGCACCUUGGAGACAUAGACGAGGAUAUGGAGGUGGAGAAAACAAACCACUUCGCAAUGGUGAAUUUGAGGACAGCAGCCCCUACAGUCUGUUUGCUGGUUCUGAGUCAGGCUGAGAAGGUUCUAGAAGAAGUAGACUGGCUAAUCACCAAGCUUAAGGGACAUGCGAGCCAAGGAUUGUCAGAAGAAGCCUCUUCUCAGGCAGCCCUUCCAAACCACCCCAUGGAGAAAGCCAUCAUCAUGCAGCUGGGGACCCUGCUGACCUCCUUCCACGAGCUGGUGCAGACAGCCCUGCCUUCGGGCAGCUGCGUGGACACCUUGCUGAAGGCCCUCUGCAAGAUGUACACCACUCUCACGGCCCUCGUCCGAUAUCAUCUCCAGGUGUGUCGGAGCUCCAGAGGAAUUCCAAAAAUUAUGGAAAAGCUGGUGAAGCUGUCGGGCUCGCACCUGACCCCUCUGUGCUACUCUUUCAUCUCUUACGUACAGAACAAGAAGAGCAGGAGCCCCAAGUGUAUGGGAGGGAAGAAAAAAGCUGCCGUCACCACGGCCAUGGCCAGAGCUCUUCGGGAAACCAAGCCAAUCCCCAACCUCAUCUUUGCCAUUGAACAGUAUGAGAAGUUUCUCAUCUUCCUUUCCAAGAAGUCCAAGGUGAACCUGAUGCAGCACAUGAAGCUCAGCACCUCUCGGGACUUCAAGAUCAAAGGGAACAUACUGGACAUGCUUCUCCGGGAGGAGGAAGAGGAGGAUGACGACGAGGAGGACGCUGCGCCAGAGCACGGGGGGCAGAGCAAAGAGCCAGCCAAGAAGAAGAGGAAGAAAGAAAUGAAAUGCCUGAGUUAA